UCGUUUGACAUUGUAAAUAAGCAAGGGACAGUUGUUUGAGAAGUCAGUUGUUCAGUCAAGCGCCGUCUAGCAACCGUAGAGGAAACGAUCGGCAGGGCACCGACAUCCAAGUCCUGCACACCGAGACCGUCGUUUACUCUCUUUGCGUCUUUUGUGUAACUUUUUCCUCUUUUGUCUGGCUAUUUUUUUCUCUCUCGUUCUUUUCAUACCCUGACCCCUAUCCUGCUGCUCAAGGUAACUUAAAACAGGAAGUUGAGCGUCUGUGAAAGGGGGCGGACUGCAGGAGGGUAAGAACGGGGGAAUGACACAGCCUAUAGCGGCAAAGACCGGCUCGUUCCCAUUGGAGGAAUCCCGUAAGGAGGCGGGGCGUCAGGGACGGGCGGGUCGAGAGUAUCGUUUAGCAAGCUAGAUUGAUUAUAGUCGAAUGUUAAAGGGAAAGCAGUCCGGAGAUUUUUGUCCCGACUUGUUCUACUCCUCUGCAUUGCUCUCUCACUCUUUCUCACGUCUCUCGUUUCUGCUUUUCCUUUUGCCUCCUUUUCUCCAUCUCUUCCUCACUUUCCCGUCUGUUUUCCGGUCACUUUCUCUGAGGCAGGGGUCAGCUGAAAGACAAACACUAGGGUUGCCAGGCAGAGGCCAACUCUAGGCUCCGUGCGGCUACAGGGGACUCGGACAGGGAAGGAAUGGGAGGGAUUGUGUGUUCAGGAAGGGGGGAGGGGGUGGCCGAACAAGAUGGGCUAGUGAAGGGGGGAGGGGUCGAAAAGAGGGGCGGUAGGUGAUCGCUCUCCCCUCGGCUCGGGGCUUUGAACACAGCAGCGGAUCGCCUGUCCCGCACAGCCUUUUGUUUCCUCCUGGGACAGAGCCGGUGGACUAAAUACACUUUCUCUGUGUAUCUGACACGGGAGAGUUUCGAUAUGUACUCCGCUUCUUCUGCAUCGUCCACAGUGCAGCAUGAAGGGCACGGGAUCUGGAGAUGUCCGCAGACUCUUUUGGAGCCGGGGGUAGCGAUGCCCAGCAGAGUCUACAGUCCUUUUGGCCCAGGGUCAUGGAAGAGAUCAAGAAUCUUACUGUGAAGGAUUUCCGAGUGCAAGAGCUUCCUCUUGCUCGCAUCAAGAAAAUUAUGAAACUGGAUGAGGAUGUGAAGAUGAUCAGUGCUGAGGCACCAGUGUUAUUUGCCAAAGCAGCACAGAUCUUCAUCACAGAGCUCACUCUUAGAGCCUGGAUCCAUACCGAAGACAACAAGCGUCGUACACUGCAGAGAAAUGACAUCGCCAUGGCCAUCACUAAGUUUGACCAGUUCGACUUCCUCAUCGAUAUUGUCCCACGGGAUGACCUCAAGCCUCCGAAGCGACAGGAGGAAGUACGCCAGUCGGUUGCCCCGACCGAGCCGGUCCAGUAUUACUUCACUUUGGCACAACAGCCCAGCGCUGUUCAGGUCCAGGGUCAGCAGCAGGGCCAGCAUGUGGCCGCUAACACCGCCACCACGCUACAACCAGGCCAGAUUAUCAUCGCUCAGCCCCAGCAAGGCCAGAGUGCUCCAGUGACCAUGCAGGUGGGCGAGGGCCAGCAGGUGCAGAUUGUGCAGGCCGCUGCGCAGGGACAGGCUCAAGCGCAGACUGCACAGUCAGCUGGACAGACGAUGCAGGUCAUGCAACAGAUCAUCACCAACACGGGAGAGAUUCAGCAGAUUCCAGUGCAGCUAAACACUGGCCAGCUGCAGUACAUUCGCUUAGCUCAGCCAGUCUCAGGAACACAGGUUGUUCAAGGACAAAUACAGACGCUUGCAACAAACGCUCAGCAGAUUACACAAACAGAAGUACAACAGGGUCAACAGCAGUUCAACCAGUUCACUGAUGGGCAGCAGUUGUAUCAGAUCCAGCAGGUGACGAUGCCUGCGGGACAGGAGCUGACCCAGCCCAUGUUCAUUCAGUCCACCAACCAGACAGCUGACGGCCAGGUCACUGCACAGGUCAGCGCGGACUGAGGCCGUGGACCCUCUUCAGAGCUCACUCACGGAGCUCUUGACACCACUAAGCACCAUACACAGUGAAGAGGAGCUCAACCAUAUCUACCACUCAUCACACUUCAGUCUUUGCACUUCUGUCAUAUUUUCAUCAAGUCAGACUUUGAUUCAUCAAUUGGUCUAAAACUUUUUUUUAAUUAAUUUAGGUACCGUCCAAACUACACGUAUUGCUGUUAGCUUUGUUAUUCUGGUCUGUUUACUACAGUACUGAGUAAUAGAAGAAUCAAUGUGUCAUGGCAGAAAUCUCACUCUGUUUAGGUCUACUGCAAUAAGGCUAAAGUGUAUUUGAACCCACUUUCUUCCUCGUAGUGUACAGAAUAAGUCCUUGUUUCAUAGUUAUGGAUAUGAGUAGAUUAUGAUUUCUGGAUUUUUUCUGUUGUAGUCAUACGGUGAGACUUGUGAAACCUGUAGGAGAGCUCUUUUCAACUGUGAAGCAUUUGCAGUGGUCUUUGGUGGAAGAAAUAAACCUUUUUUUGUUUGUUUUUGAGCCCUCAUCCAUUUUGACAGAUCAUGGCAUCUCAUGAUGUGUAGACUUCUAAACUUGAUAAAAAAAGCCAUAAUCUGCACAUCCUGUACACAAAUGUCCGUAGUUUGUAAUUCGCUAGUAAUUGUAUUAGUUAAGUUGUAGUAUCUUGUAUAGUUUUGAAAUUUGAUAACAUUGUAUUUGUUAAAGGGCUUCUUGUUGUUGGGUUUUCUACAUGCAAAAUGGUCCAGUGUGUGUGAGCGUGUGUGAAUGUGUGCCGGUAUUCAAUGUGCUUUUCUUCGGGUGUCUUUUUGGACCAGAUUCAAAGAGAACAUUUCUGCCCCUAGCCAUAGAAAUUCUCCACUGUUACCCACUUGUAAAAACAACACCCUAAUUGAACAAAAUCCUUUUAUAUAAAUGCAUUUUUAAUACCAGUUGUAACUUUUUUUUAAACUGCCUUUCUGUUUUUCAUUGUUGAUAUUAUUAUUGUUGGUCAUGUUUUGCAUGUAGUUAUGACUGCCAGCAUGAUAUGCAAUACGUAGGUACAUAUUUUAUUUUUGUGUUCUUUUUUGUAAACAGACCUUGGUUUGUGAAAAAAAUAAAAAUUCCCAAAAGAUUGACCUUGUAUUAAAUUG